AUGACCGGCUUCCACUCUUGCCCUCCACAGCCUGUGUGCCUAUGCUGGCCCUUCGCAACUACAUCUCCGCCUCUCAACAUCCUCUCCAGCUUCGUCCAACACCCCGCUAAACGUCGUCAAAACAACGACGCCCUUGCACCUCUUCGCAUCCCAUUGGCGACGGGCUUUCACGUGUCGCAUCACCACCAAACACCUCCCAGCAUGAAUUCCCAACGAUCCCAGUCGAGCUACCUCUACAAGAACCCCGAUGCCCUCCGAUCGCCUUAUACGCUCGAUACCAUCAGAGACAGAAUUUACGAACCGACUUUCCUCAUCUCCCUCGCCGCCCUCUUCGUCACCACCGUCCUCCUCACCACCUCCCUUCGAGGUGGCGCCCUGUGGGACGCCCUUGCCCACGUCCUGCCCUACCGACUGCUCUACGUCCUCGAGAACUGGCUGCGCCCGCCGCUGGCCCCACGCCCCAUGCUGCAGGGCCCUGCGCGCACCCAUGCCGUCAAGAGUGACAUGAUGCAGAAGAUUCUCGGCAUGGACAGACCCGGCGGCGGCAUCAUGAACACCGUCUCGCAAGCUGGCCAGCGUGGCCUCACCUCCAUGUCGGGCGCCAUGAUGGCCUUCAAGGCCGACUCGGAGAGCCCGCCGGGCCUCGGCAACCUCGACAACUCGUGCUACCAGAACAGCAUCCUCCAGGGGCUCGCCUCGCUGAAGCCCCUACCGCGGUACCUCUCCGAGCAGCUUCGCGACGCCGACCUCGACCGCAGGAGAUAUGACGCCACCGUCACGCUGCGUGGCUUGAUCGCAGACCUCAACAGCGUCGAGAACAACGGGAGAACGCUGUGGACGCCCAGUUCCCUGAAGAACAUGAGCACCUGGCAGCAGCAGGACGCGCAGGAAUACUUCUCCAAACUGCUGGACGAGAUUGACAAGGAGAUUGCCAAGGCCGGGAUGCGUAAAAACAGCUUGCCGUCCCUCGACACCAGCGCGACGGCCGCAGCGGCACCCACCGCAGCCAGCGCCCCGGACGACACCAACGUGAGCCAGCACAGCGACGACAGCGGCUACCAGAGCGUUUCCACCCUGUCGAGGGCAACCUCGGCUGUCAAGCUCGCCAGGAACCCCCUCGAGGGCCUCGUCGCACAGAGGGUCGCAUGCGUGCAGUGCGGCCACUCGGACGGCCUCGCCAUGAUCCCCUUCAACUGUCUGACCCUCAGCCUUGGCCUCAACUCGGCCGAGCACGACCUCUACGAACUCCUCGACGCGUACGCCAACAUUGAAUCCAUCGAAGGUGUCGAGUGCGGCAAGUGCACCCUUCUCAAAGUGCGCAAGCUCCUCAACAUUCUCAUCGAGCGCAACCCCGGAACGGGCAGCGAGAUGCCCCGAUCCCGCCUCGCUGCCGUCGAGGAGGCGUUUGAGAAUGACGAUUUCGAAGACAAGACCAUCACGGAGAAGUGCAAAGUCUCGGCAUCCCACAAGGUCACCUCGACCAAGACGAAGCAGACGGUCAUCGCGCGCCCGCCGCAGAGCCUGGCGAUCCACAUGAAUCGCUCCGCCUUUGACGAGAACACGGGGCACAUGUGGAAGAACGGCGCCGCCGUCCGGUUCCCGCCCACGCUGGACCUGGGGCCGUGGUGCCUCGGCAGCGCGGGGACCUACGCGCGCGUCACGCCGGACGAAGAGCCCGGCACCAGUGGCGCCAGUGGCCGUGGGCUGCCCCAAGUCAAGCCUGCGCGCCCGGACGAGGAGGAGUGGCUGCUCAACCCGCGCAGCUCCAUGGUCGCCGGCGACAAGGGCCAGUCCAAGAUGACGGGUCCCCUGUACGAGCUGCAGGCCGUGGUCACGCAUUUCGGCAGGCACGAGAACGGGCACUACAUCUGCUACCGCAAGUUUCCGCGCUCCUCCCCGCCCACGCAGGUCGCGCCGACAAAACACAUGGACGCCGACGGCGGCAUGGAGCUCAAACCCAUAGCCAUCGAGCAGGCCGGGACCCAGGAGGCGGAGGCGGCGGCGCAGGACGAAGAGGUCGAGAUGGACUGGUGGCGUCUCAGCGACGAGACGGUCCGCAAGAAAAAGGGCGUAGGAGAGACAGCGUCUGCUGAAACGAUGCGAACCCAGCUCAUGAUCCUUGCGUACAUGUACAACCCCCAAAAAUUGCCCAGUGUAUUCCGCCGCAGGCUGGCCGCUAUCUUGAUCCCUGCCUCGCACGUUCCCCCUUGGCCCGGCUACUUCGGUAUGGCGCGUCUGUUCGCUUAG